CGUUAUCUUUGCGUGUCAAAAAGAUACACAUCAAAUAACACUAUUUGACAUAUUAUAUAAAUAAGCUUCUUUACCAAUCAGGACCUGAAUAUGACUCCACGUCACACAAUAAUUUAACACGUUCAUUAAUUUUGUACGUAGUUAUUACACAUUGAUUACACUCUCACUCGUAUUUCAUAUGUCACAUCGAUUCACCGAGACGUAUGCUAAGAGUCAUAGAUUUUGUCACUGAUGAUCACAUUUGCAUAAAGGUCGUUUGGACUCCGCCCAAGUCUCAGGUACUGAUGAAAGACGUUCACUCAACUUCUGUCCUUCCGAGGUCAAAUUAGCUAGCUAGUUAACAAUGGCAGCCCAAUUUCUCGAAAAUUGUAAAUCUACCAUUUGAUUGCACCAGACUGCUGCUCACGGACAGAAGAGAUGGACUUCAACCAUCAAUAGCCAGGUAGAGGUUUGUUAUCCAUGGUGCUGUGGAUGGUUACAGCAGAUGGUUAAGGCCUCUGACAACAGCCACAGUCAUGGAGUCAUUCGAAGCAGCCAUCAUCAGCUACGGAGUACCCUCCCAGGUGAGAUGUGACUGGGUGGUGAAAACAACCUUAUCUGUGCCUUCAUGGAGCAGUUCAGGGGUGGUGAGAGGGGAAGUAGCACUCACAACCAGAGGAUAGAGCAGCUGUGGGGGGACGUCUGGCAUGGAGUCUCCAACGUUUACCAUGACCUGUUCACCUUCUUGAAGACGGAGCAGAUCAUCGACAUCAGCAAUGAGGUGCACCUGUGGGCACUGCACUUUGUGUUCCUGCCACGGGUGAACAGAGAUCUUACUGUGUUUGCCAGUCAGUGGAACCACCAUGGGCUGAGGACUGAACAACGGCAGUCACCUCUGCAGUCGUUCGUCUCGGGUUCCCUGGCAAUGCAGAGGGCCAAUCUGACAGCAGUAAGGGAUUUGUUCGCCCCAAAUUCAACCACCAUCAGCUCUCAAGCCACCACCUCAGCUCCUCCAACCACCAGCUCAGCUCCCGCAACCACUGGCGUUACAGCUCUUUAUUGGUCGGAAUGGGUGAUUGUGCCACAAAUCCAGUUCACCAUCAGCAACACACAGAUGAAACUGUUGCGGACAGUAAUUCCAUUGGAAGGCCCCAGAGGCAGCCUGGGAGUUGACAAUCUACAGAGGGUUAUGGCAGUUAUAUCUUCAGCGCCACUCGUUCCUACUCCAACCUGACUUACUACAACCCCUGAUACUCCCCUACUGGGAUGAGGGAUUGGAUGCUAUAUCUUCAGCGCCACUCGUUCCUUUGAAUCAGUUCAUUUUUAUAAUACUAUUAUACAUUUUAUAAUACUAACAUUCCCCCUCUUUCAGACACUGUAUGAUUUGGUCUCUAGAAAGGUACGAUAGACAUCUUCAACUCUAAACGGAUGGGGUCCAGAGUUUAGACACAGGUGGCCUUAACAAAAGUUAAAUACUUCCCCAUUCCAGUACGAUUCUGUCUGGCCAUAUUUGGAGAAAGUCAGGUACUGUUGAUAUACGGCCUAUGGUUAUUGUAUUUUGCUUUAUGGCGCUUUAGCACAGCAUUCCAUCUUCUGACACAAUAUUUGUCUUCCACUCAGUACAACACGACCCAGGAGAGGCCUACUGCAAGCACUGGUUUGGAGCCUUCAGAGUGUGCCUGCUGUGGGAGGACAACAGAACAUUCUGAAUGGACAUUAUUAAAACAGAACUUACAUGUUUGUAAUGCCCAAUUGGGACUUUUAUAAAUUGUUAAAAUAAAUAAUUGUGUGGAGAACGCCCUAUAGUUAAAAAAAUAAACUGAAGAUAGUG